CGCGAGGGGGAGGAACCAAAACCCCACCUCUCGAACUCCAGCUGUGGUAGGGUUUACUGGUUCCGGGGGGGAUGGGAGGAGCCUCGCCGGCGAUAAAGCCCAUCGGCAAGUCGGCGGUGCACCGGAUUUGCUCCGGACAGGUCAUAUUCGACCUUUCCUCCGCCGUCAAGGAGCUCGUCGAGAACAGCCUCGACGCCGGCGCCACCACGGUCGAGGUCAACCUCAAGGCCUACGGCGAGGAGUGGUUCAAGGUCGCCGACAACGGCAGCGGCAUCUCGCCCAGCAAUUUUCAGGCUCUCGCUCUGAAGCACCACACAUCCAAGAUAUCGGAUUUCUCCGAUCUGAACUCCGUGGUCACCUUCGGGUUCAGGGGAGAGGCGCUAAGUUCCCUCUGCGCAUUGGGGAAGUUGACCGUUGAAACAAGAACUAAAGAUGAAUCAGUCGGAACACAUUUGGAAUUCGAGCACUCGGGCGUGGUGAUCAGUAAUAGGAAGAUUGCACGGCAAGUCGGGACCACUGUAACCAUCGAGAAAUUGUUCUCCACCUUGCCGGUUCGGGGCAAGGAGUUUAGUAGGAAUAUUCGAAAGGAGUACGGGAAAGUGAUCUCCUUGCUGAAUGCUUAUGCCUUGAUUGCCAAAGGGGUCAGACUACUUUGCACAAAUACUGUGGGGAAGAAUUCUAAAAUGGUGGUGCUUAAAACUCAAGGAAGCAGUUCACUGAAAGACAAUAUCAUUACGGUCUUUGGUCUGAACACCUUCAAAUGCCUGGAGCCCUUCAAUGUGACCAUCUUGGAAGGUUGCCAGGUAGAAGGUUUUCUUUCCAAGCCUGGACCUGGCAGUGGUCGCAACUCAGGAGAUAGACAGUUCUUCUAUGUAAAUGGCAGACCUGUGGACAUGCCAAAGGUCACCAAACUCGUUAAUGAACUGUACAAAAGCUCAAAUUCCAAGCAGUAUCCUGUGGCUGUCCUAAAUUUCUGUAUUCCAACCACAUCUUAUGAUGUGAAUGUGGCACCUGAUAAGAGAAAAAUUUUCUUCUCAUCUGAGCAAACCAUUUUGCUAUCUUUAAGGGAAGCUAUUGAAAAUCUUUACAAUCCUCAACAGUGUAGUUUCUCCAUCAAUCUCAUUGAAGAUCCUGAAAAGGAAGUGGACCCUGCCAUUGAUGAACCUCAUGAAAGCACAGAUUUAAUAGAAACUGGGAAUGUUUCAUCUCCUAGAAAUGAUGAUGACAAGGAUGAAACAGACAGCGAUGAUCAGGAUUUACCGCAGAAUCAGAAAGCGUCUUUUUCAGCAAGAAGGGUAGCUGUUGGAACUGCAUCCAAAGACAGGAGCCCCUUGCCAGGGGACCCAGCCACUCCGGUUGAUAGAUCUUGGCUUUCCGAAUUCCAGCAUGAACAGCCAAAAGUAUUCCAUGCUCAAGUAAAAAAAAACCCAGCGGGAUCAUAUCAUGAUAGAACAGGGCUUGCUGCUAAAUCCUCCCCUUCAACUACUGUUCAAUCUUCUCUUUCGAACUUUCUGUCACUAAACAAGAGGAAGCAUGAAGACAGUUGCAAUCUUCUUUCUGAAGCUCCAGUGCUGAGAAGGGGGACAUGCUCAGGACAAGUGAGAAGAACAAGUUCAGAAACAAGCACACCUACUAUAUUAAUAUCGGGUACAUCUGGUAUUCCAAAUGUGAACUCAGAUCAGGAAACUAGUCCUUUGCGGCAUCAUUCUCCACAAUCUUUUUUACCUAAGAGGACAGAAGUUUCACCACAUCAUUCUGAACCACCUAAUAUUGAGUCUCAUAGUACUGAGACACCUCCCCUUGAUCCAUGCAGUAUUCCUAGUACAAAAUCUUAUGUGGAUCAACAGAAUGACCAACACAAUUCAAAUUUUGCUGCCCCUGAUAAAUAUUCAGAGGUUGAACCUAUCAAUAUUCCUUUACCUGAUGCUUGUGGUCAUGAUAAUGGUACUACAGUAUGUUCUACAUCAGUAUCUUAUCCAGUUAUGCAAUUUACGGUUGCUGAGCUUAGGAGAAGAAGAAAAUACAGUUUUACGGUCUCACAUAAAAAAGGAGUCUAUUGCUCCAAUAAAACUGCAAGGUUUUAUAAAGCUGCAACACUGGAUAAUUAUGUACCAAAUGAUGACGAGGGAAAAUCAAAUUAUUUAGCCGCAGCCACAAAUGAGCUGGACAGGCUUUUCAGCAAAGAUAAUUUUGGAGAAAUGGAGGUUGUUGGCCAGUUUAAUCUUGGUUUCAUCAUUGGAAAGCUGGACCAAGACCUGUUUAUUGUAGAUCAGCAUGCUGCUGAUGAGAAGUACAACUUUGAGAGCCUAUCACAGUCAACAACAUUAAACAUACAACCUCUUCUUCACCCACUGAGACUUGAACUUUCACCAGAGGAAGAAGUUAUUGUUUCGAUGAACAUGACCACCAUUAGGAAAAAUGGCUUUGUUUUAGCAGAAGAUUUGCAUGCUUCCCCUGGCAAUCAUUAUCUUUUGAAAGCUGUGCCCUUCAGUAAAAAUAUUACAUUUGGUGUUCAAGACAUGAAGGAGCUAAUCUCCAUGCUCACUGACAGUCAAGGCGACUGUUCAAUAAUUAGUAGCUACAAAAUGGAUAAAACUGAUUCUGUCUGCCCUUCGAGGGUUCGUGCUAUGUUGGCUUCGAGGGCUUGCCGAAUGUCCACCAUGAUUGGUGAUCCACUGACAAAAGCUGAAAUGAAGAAGAUUCUUAAAAAUCUAACAGGGCUGAGGUCCCCUUGGAAUUGCCCACAUGGGAGGCCAACCAUGCGCCAUCUAGCAGAUCUGCAUACUAUAAAAUCCCAAGAAUCAAAUCAAAGUGGUGUCAAGAAGUUAAUUGGGUGAAAGGAACAAACAUCCAUUGACACUCUUCAGGAUUUCCGUGCUAACUCCGCUGGUUCUUUUCUACAAACCUCUUUCAAAUGCUGCGGAGAUUUCACAAGAUCUAGGGCGACAUCAUGAAAGCUGUUCAAGUGACUGGCUGAUUGGGUAGAGUCAAUCCCUUCUUUUGCUGCUGCUGCUCAAUGCCCAAUCAUUUUGUACUUUUCUGUAUAUGCUAUCAGGCUGUGUUGGUUGAUGUGCGUCUGCCCAGGCUGACGCACCCACUUCUCUGUAAACGAUUGUUUUCGAGCGUAUGUUGUCAUGGGUUAGGCUAAUGGCUACGGAAUAGAUUGUUUUCGGGCGUCAAGAAGAGGUGCCAUGCGGAUAGACACCUUGGGCAUA